AUGCACCCUGGCACCCCAGCCACCUCAGGGCUCCCUGAACCGGCACCCCAGGAGCUGUGCGCCUUCGUGAGUGGAGUGGCUGCCCGAAUCUUGAAGACCCUGCAGCCCCGGAAGGCUCGCCCCCCCCGGAGAAAACCCAACCACCGGAGAUUCCUCUACAACCAGCUGUGCAGGAGUUUUGCCGAUAUCGAGGAAGCCACCCAACACUUGGCCCUGACUGUCCUAUCCCAACAGGGUCCAGGCCGCCAGCCCAAGCCCCGGCUCCAGCGGCCGUCCUCGCCCUUCCUCGGGGUGGCCCAAGCCCUGGCUGCCCCAGAGAGUCCGGGGCCAGGGCUGGCCCUGAGUCCCAGGGCUCUCCGGAGCCCGACCCAUGAGCUUUUUGAGAUCAUCCCUUUGAGUCCCAGGCUGCAAACCCCUGGCCCUUCCCUUCUUCCCCCAGUUGCUGGAGACCCCUCCAUGCUUGCCCAGGUGCCCCCUGCCUGUUCCCUGUUUGUCCAGGCUCCCCAUCUCCCCCCAAUGCCCUGUGGUCCCGCGGAGCUGUCCCACAAUGCUGCAGACAUCCAGUACCAGGACCCGGGUCAAUGCCUUCCCUACGGAGCCCCGGCCCCCUUGUGCCCCCGUGGUCUCAGAAGAGACCCUGCUUGCUGGGAUGUGCUGGGCUGCGGAGACUGA